AGAGGUAAAGAAUAAAGUUACAUGAUUUGUGUUUUUGCUAUCGGUACUGUAUGAUCACGUGCGAUACAAUAUUAAAAGAAUCACGUGCCUGGAUGUGACACGAUUGCGACACAGUGUGUAUGCAGGCUCGCCUGCUCACGUGAGCGAUCAAGGGUUUCUUGACCAGCCAUUUGAUUCGCAGACUCCAACAAGCGAAAACAUCCGGCAACAUUUUAUUCAUGUGGUUUAUCUUCUACUCAUGCAUUUAAUGCCCAUCAACACUGCUCUCCUAAACUGAGGAUCGUCUUCGGAGAUUGAAUCGCAUGAAUGGUUUCCCCAAAAGGGUUAACAUCUGCUAGCCUCUACUGAAAAGGGUGCGGUUUCAAGACAUAAUUUACAGCAGUUUUUGAACGCGGUAGCAGGACCUGCAGACAUACCGGCAUGUCUUUCCAGUCGGCUGAGGCUGCUCCCGAUGGCCAGAGCACAGCUGAUGCUCAGAACGAAGCCCCGACUGGAUCCUUUAUCUACUGGGGUCAAGACCCUCGACCUCUCUCCUAUGUUCUGGAGGGUUGGCCAGUUCCUGCAAAGUGUCCUCCAAAGAGUUGGGAGGAUCAUGCUGCCGCUCUCCGCAAACUACCGCUUCGGGAUGAUGACAUCUUUGUGUUGGCCUUUCCUAAGGCAGGAACUCACUGGCUCUGGGAGGUGAUCUCCAUGUUGAAGCAGGGGAAGGCUGAGUAUGAUGUUCGUCCCAAGGAGCACUUCAUGGUCGAGUCGAUCGAGCUGGACAAAUUGGACUCCGUGCCGUCCCCACGACUCCUCAACUCACACCUGCCUGUCUUCAUGCUGCCAUGGCAAGAGAUGAAGGAGCGAAGGACAAAGGUGGUGCACGUGUACCGCAACCCCAAAGACACGUGCGUGUCCUACUACUACCACCUCAAGAGCAACGAGGACCACGUGGUGCAUGACAUGGAGUUCAAUGACUUCUUCGACCUGUUCUUCGAAGGCGACUCUCAUCCAAGCCUCUAUUUCAAGCACCUGAAACAGGCUUUGACAUUUACAUCAGAGAAUGAAGAUGUGCCUUUCUUGUCGCUAUCUUUCGAAGACAUGAAAAAGAAACCCAUUGAAAAUGUGAAGAAGCUGGCGAUUUUCUUGGAGCUGAAUGUCAGCGACUCUCUGUGUGAAGAGAUCGCCGACGCCUGCAGUUUUAACAACUUGAAGAAGGGGGCAGAACUCAAAGUGCCUGUGCGUCCUCCAGAUAAAGAUGACGAUGGAGAGAAGAAGAUGAAUUACUCGAGGUUUUAUCGGAAAGGAGAGAUAGGGGACUGGAAGAACUAUUUUACUGUCGCCAUGAGUGAAAAGACAGACGCCAUCAUUAAGGAGCGGAUGGAAGGACUUCCCUAUGAUCUUCAGUACUCCUGAAUUAUGGCAGGGCAUAUUUAUACUAAUUGCCUAUGUAAUUUUAAGCUUUGAUGCUCUUGUAAAUUUUUUUUAUGAAUGUUAAGUGCUAUAAUUUACUGUGUGUAGUCAGAAAAUAAACUAUAAUUUACUGUGUGUAGUCAGAAAAUAAACAUUUGAUGCAUCUGAUUGCUAAAUUAAAUUAAUACUUCAUAUCAAUCAUACAUAUAUCAAAGUCUUUUUGACUUAAUGGCUUUGUUAAUGACAAAUGCUUUAUUUUCACAAACUGGAGCUGGACAAUAGUAAAUACUAUAACUGAGCAUAUAUAGAGAGAUAUGUAGCUAGAUGACAAAUGUUUAGGUUGCCCAAGCAGGAAUCAACAAAUGAAAUUUGAUACUUGGAACUUUUAAGUUGUGAUAACAUGUCGGGUUAAGAGAUCCCUUGAGCGUCCAUUAGGUAAACAAAAAGACAAAUAUAGUGUAGGUUAAAAUUUAUACAAUGAAUCAAUGAACUUAAAUAUCGUUCACGUUCAGUCGGGAAGUGAACGUAGCCUGAGCCAAGCGAAUACAUUUGGCGGGCGUUAGAAACUGCCAUGGAGCAGUGGUGGUGUUGGUGUUGGUGGUCGUAGUCGUGGUAAAUUAUGUCCAAAACACCCUUUAUGUGUUUUUGACCAAUCAGAGUUAUUUAUACCUAAUUAACAUUAACCCAGUCCUUAUCUGCGACCAAUGAAGAAGAAGAAGAAAAAGAAGAAGAAUGAUGAAAAGAAGAAGAAGAAGAAGAAGCAGAAGAAGAUAAUUUUACUCCGGGUAAUGGAUGGGUCGCUGAAGGCGUGAAUAAUUUUGAAUACGAUGCAAGGAGAAUUGCUUGAGGACCUCGUGGCGGAUGUCAAGUUGUGUGUGGCACAUUGUGUAAGGUUUCGCUAAUAUGUCUAAGAUCCUACAUAUGUGUUUGUCAAGCCACUGUCACCUGGAAAUCUGUAAAUUGAGAAGUUCAGAAUAAAUGCCUCAAACAUUCAAGUGUUUAUUUCUGU